AUGAUAAUAAAAACUUAUAAGUACUAAAUUAUUUUCAUUUUAGUAGCUUUUGUAGGAGUAUUCGCUUUCCAAGAUUUUGUCUCACAUGAAAAUAUUAAUCUCAAGGAUUUUAAUAACUGCGAUAUUGAAGUAUAAAAUAACCUUUGCUUAUUUAAUGGAGAUCUAGUUGUUAAUACUCCAGAAGUUGAUUCUUCUCUAAUAGCAUUAGUCAGCUUUGAUAAAUCAAGAAUCAUGGACGAAUCUUUAUCAAAAGCAACAAUUUAUAACAAAAAUAUUCAAGAAUCUACUGGCCUCAAGGGUUAUGGAAGAAGUGGACGCUUGAGCAAAAAAGAAAGCUUUCUAUAAAUACACAAUCUGCCUAAAAUAGAAUAGGAAUAUUCAAUAUAAUUCUCUUUGUUCAUACAUUAGAUAUUUAAAGAAGAUGUAACUUCUUUUGAUGACAAAAAAAUUAGAAUACUCCAAAAGUUUCAUUCAGAUGAUAAAAAAAAUUUGAAAUUGACAUUUGGGUUAGAUUCAAAAAGAUUAUUUUUAUCUUUACCUGUAGGAACAGAUGCUACUUUUAAGACCCUAGAAUCGUUUUCUAGAAUUUAAUUAAGAAAGUGGGUAUAAAUCACUAUUGUGAAAUCUGAUGAUAAGAUUAAGCUAUAUAUUAAUGGUUCCCUAGAAGGUUACAUAUCCCCUUCUGAUAAAUUUACUUAUGAAAUUGAGCAAAAUCCUUUUAUUUCUUUUGGAAAUUAAUUGGCUGUUGAUAAAUCCACAGAUGAAAACUUUUUAGAUUACUUGAUUGAUGAUGUUAGAGUUUACAAUAGAGUUUUACAAAGCCAUGAGAUAUUUGCUAAAUCAGAGCAAUUUCUAGGUGGCACUUCCAGUGAUUUCUACAGAUUUUCAUGCAGAAAUUGCCCCAGAACUCAAGUUGCUUGUCCAUAAGAUUAUCAUAUUUGUAAUUCUUUUGAAAUUCUUUCAUAAGGAUUCCAAUAUGCAAGAUCAAUGGGAUGGGUAGAUCCCAUAAGUCCCUUUAUAUGGACAAGCGAAGGUAUGAUUAACAGUAAAUUGGAUGGCUAGGUUGGUUUAGGUAUGUGUUGCAAGGAUAUUGUGUAUCAAGGAUGA